AUGGCAGCAGUCGACGUUGGAGUGCGAAAUGCGCCUCCCAUCAAUGAUGACCUUGAUAAUCUCUUCAACUAUGAGGUCGACAAUGAGCUCCUCCGAGACGUGGAUACGAAUAUGGACGUCACUCCAAAGGGGCAAGCGAAAGCGAAACAACAAAAUAGCUCAGGUGGCAUAUUAGGAUUAGAUGAAGAGAUCAAAGUGACCAAAAAGCGGGCUCCGAUUGCAAAGCUUGAUGAAGCCAGGCUACUAUCUCAAGCAGGUAUUCCCAAAUUGAGGCGGACGGCUAGAGAGCGAUUGAGAUUUAAAGGCAAGGGGCAUGAGUUUUCGGAUUGCGCUCGUUUACUUAACUUCUAUCAGCUUUGGCUGGAUGAUCUAUAUCCGCGGGCUAAGUUCGCAGAUGGCCUUGCAAUCAUCGAAAAGCUGGGACACAAGAAGCGUAUACAAACUAUGAGACGGGAGUGGAUCAACGAAAGCAAGAUACGGCUUUCAAGUCAGAAAGAUGGACAGGACCGUUCACAAGAAUCGGUGCGAAGAGCAAAUGUUUCUUUGGAGGUGACAAGAUCAAGUCAAGAACCGCAAGAGAAAGAAAGUGCCGACACUGGUGGCACCUCAGGAACGGUGCCUGCAAAUAGCGAGCCGGAAAAGAGUCUCAUGUGGGACAGUGGAGAACAAGCCGAUGAUGGUCUUUUUCUCUCUGAGGAUGAAGAGAAUCGCGAGCCUCCUUUGGAUGACUUGGAUGCACUAUUUGCUGAAGACGAGGCCCGCCAUGCUGCCAGCGGACCAGGUGUGAAAGAAGGUCAGGCUGUGAUUGCUAAUGACUUCGCUGAUGAAGAAGAUGCUAUGGCUGCAAUGAAUGCAGUGUGGUAG